GCAGAAGACUCUACAGCAGCCAAAGCCUAAGCCUUCCACGCGGCCAUAUGCUUCGUUUCUCAAAGAAUUCAUUGACCCCGUCCAUCCGAACCGUCCCGAGCCUGUCAACAGCUUUAUUUCGGAGUGUCUCUAGUCUGUCGGGUCGGAUAGAGAAAACUGCUGUGGCUCAGAUAGCCAUCUUUGUCGUUUAGACGACGAUCCCGUUUCGAGGCAGCUCACGAGAUCGGCGCCGGAGAUGGGCUCUACUCGGGAUGCGGAUGGCUUUGCGGUCUCACCAACGCUCUCUUCCACUGGGUCACUUUCGUCCCAGGCCGAUACGGACGACGACCGUAUCCGUUCCUCUUCCAGCACAGCCAACCUUCGCAAUAUACGGUACCGCCAGAACAACCUACGAUUUAACCACAUCUAUGUUCUAGACGCUACUUCCCCGCUGCCCGACGUUAUAUCCGGCCACAUCGAUUUGGUCCGCGGCCAACAGGACUCUCCCGGGCUCUCGUCCGACGAGCUGAACCAGGCAAUGCACGAAGUGGAUGUUCUCGCACGGGGAUGUGACGAGGACCAGGUCACCAAUUUUCCUUGAUGACAAGAGUAUUAGAGCACACAGCGCGUCGAAACCUUGUCCUACUGCAUUGCUGUAGACAAUAAUAUUGCCAAGUUAUACAUCUCGUAGAAAGGAG